GUCAUUAAUCCUUUCAACCAAAAAAAUGUCAGCCUUCAUUCGUUCCACUACUCAUUCUGUUAAACUCGCCAGAUCCUUCUCAGUCUCUGCUGCACGUUCCGAUUUAAACAAGAUCAGUUUAAUCGGUCGUAUUGGUGCCGAUCCUUCUGUUCAUGAGGUUGGAGAUCGUCGCGUUGCAAACUAUACACUUGCCACUUCCGAAACCCGUCCCGAUAAAGAAGGUAAUUUGAUUAAGCGUACACAAUGGCAUCGUGUUGCCUACUGGCAACCCAGUGAAUGGUUCAACAAGGUCAAGAAGGGUGACCAAGUGUAUGUUGAGGGUUCCGUUCGUUACAAUGAUUAUACCGAUAAAGAUGGUAACCCCAGAACCAAAACUGAGAUUCAUCAAACUACAUUCAAGUUAUUGAACCCUUCUCGUAACAGAGACGAAGACGACGAAGAAUAAAAAAAAUAUAUAAAUAAAAAAGACGUGACCUAUUUUGUCAUUCC